AACCCCAUGAUGAACAAAAUACCAACAUUUUACAUAAAGACAGGAUCUGCUUUUUCUGUGCCAUGGUGGUAUGUGCAAUUGACUCUUGCCAAGUCUUCUCACAGGACUUAGGAUCGAGCGGUUGCUGGCCAAACACAGAAGAAUCGGCCUAUUCCCCAAUGGAUUCCGAUGGGAACUGGCAAUAAAAUGAGGUUCAACUCCAAGAGGAGACCUGGGGAAGAACCAAGCUGGGUCUGUAAGGGAUUGCACAUGAUGUAGUUCUCCUAUGUAUUCUGUGUCCGCACUGCUUACAAUUUACCACAUCACUGAAAAGAUCACUACUAUAGGGACAGUUGGCCGUGUUUCAUUGGGAAAUGAUUGAAGAAUGAUUUUUCUCUUCGUUAGUAUGUUUCUGCACUAGUAGGUUGGUUCAGUAAUAAAUAUGUGAGGCCUUUAAAGAGAUGUGGCAGGAUUGGGAUUAGGGUAAGGCAAGUGAGAGGUGCAGAGCUGGUUGAGUUCUCUAAGAUUUUAUAUUUUGUUGAUGGUGUUUUGUUUUUCUUGUUUUGCAUGGAACUUAAGUACUGCAGUAUUAUUUAUCUCGAACACAGAUUUCGCACCCCUUACAUUUCCCACACAAGGUGAGUAUCUCACUUGCACAUCCUGGUCCUGGCCCUGCUGUCGCACCACAUGGUGGCUGAGUUCCAGAGACCUUUUGAUCCUCAGUAUUAUGAAGAUGAAUUUGCAGAUGAGAAAGUGCUUGAUGAGGAAGAGAGAACCAGAUUAAAAAUAAAGGUAGAAAACACCAUGCGAUGGAGGUUACGCCGGGACGCAGAGGGAAAUGAGGUUAAAGAAAGCAACACGCGGAUGGUGAGGUGGUCAGACGGAAGCCUGUCCCUGCACUUAGGCAGCGAAGUGUUCGAUGUCUACAAAGCCCCACUGCAGGGCAGCCUCAGCCACCUGUUUGUGAGAGAGGACACCGGCCUGCAGGGACAAGCCGUCUUCAAAUCCAGGCUCACCUUCAGACCUCACUCCACAGACUAUGCCACCCACAGGAAGAUGGCCCUGCCUGCUGGCAGGUGCUCCAGGACGCAGAAGAUUAGGAUCCUUCCGAUAGCUGGCUGUGAUCCCGAGUCCCAGCGCACCGAGAAGAUUAAGAAAGAGAAAGAACGCUUGAGGGCUUCUACUCGCCAGGGGACAAUUCGUCAUCCUCGUGGGAAGCGGAACCGGCAGGUCCUGAGUGCCCCCUGCCGAGAGUCCAGCAGUGACAGGGAGGAGGAGGAAGAGGAACCGGCCAGAACCUAUUCGGCAGACAGCGAUGCAGGAUCGGAAGAAGAAAAGCCUCCAGGAUUACUGAGCAAAGCAACUCACCAGGGAUGAGGUGAACCCUACAGAAGCAGGAAAGCAGGGGGAGAAGAGAAAGAUGACAGACGCAUAAAACCUGCACUCAUUAUCUGUAUUGUUUUCAACAGUUUGUUUUUUAAUAUGUAUUUUUUAAUUGAUUUCAGAGAA